UAAUUAUCUUCGUUCUUCUCUUCGCUCUGUUUUCUCCCGACCUCUUCUCUCUUCUCUUUGUUUCUCACUCUUUUCUCCCGACGACGCCACCGUCCACAACCGCCAUCCGCCGCCGCUGCUGCCGCUACCAUCUUCGACCGCCCCAACCACAGCCGCUGUCGGUCCCAUCCGCCCCAGCCACAACCGCUGUCAGUGCCAUCCGCACCAGCCACAUCCGCGACCGCCUCAACCGCUGCCAGCCGCUGCCAGCCACCGCCGCUUACCGGUCACCGUCGCCACCAGCCCUUCCACCUACAUUAUGUGCCAUGCAUUUCCAGAGUUGUGGAAUAUAGAGAAAAGGUUUGGCUCAGUCAUAUUUGGGGCAAUUCAAUCUAAGAUACAGCUAAGAAGAGGAACCAAGGGCAAGUUGGUGCUUAGGAUAUACACGGUUCCACUUCCUAUUACAGUAAUUGUAAUAAUUUUUAUAAUUAGUGAGCGAAUUAGAUAUCAAUCAUAUCAUCAAGGAAAAAACUGAAAAAAGAGAAACCUGCCCUUACUGGUAGCACUUGGAGAAGUAAUGCUUUUUAGUUUUGAUUUUGAUAUCUGCAAUUGCGUCUUAGUCUUGCUUUUGUUCUCUAACUCCAUGUUUUGCAGACACUUACAGAUGCAUUGUUGCCAGUUUCAUUUGCAUGAUUGAUAAUGGCAUCGGUCAGUUUUGAUCUGUGGUGUUUUUUUUAUGACAGUCUGAUUAGAUAAUGUUUGAUUCUCUAAGGACACUUCAAUUGAUGGAUUUGUCUGUGGAGACACUCAAGGCAAACAAUAUGGCUCUUAUGGCUCUCAAUUAUCUUGUUCUCUUCUGCACUAUCUUCCAGAUCAUUCAAUAUGUGGAAUUAUAUGCAAGUAUAGAUGCCUUAACUAUGCAAGUUUUUCUCUUAAGUUGCCAAGACGAAGCAUGGUUCGAUACAACCAGCAUUUUUGAAUCUGACUCAGAUGGUGAUGAUGAUGAUGACUUCAGCAGUGUUCAUGGUGGGACGGUUAAGAGUCCCACUGAAACCAAGGAGAGAAAACGAGAGAGAGACAACAGGUCAGAUGCGCAGGACCCAAGUUAUCAUAUUAGUUUUGAGUAAAAGCAAAACAGGUUGAGUGGAUGAUAUUCAAGGUCUUGAUAAACUGCAGUAUCUGGUACAAGCCAGCAGCAUUAUCAAAUCCUGAGUCAUUUGCUCACAUCAACCGAAUUCGCUGAAUAUUAUAACACUGUGCCUGGUGGUAGAAUCAGAUACAGAUGAUGAUAUGGCUUUACAGUCUCAGAGAGGCAUCCUCAUCAGUACAAAAUGCUCAACCCAAACAGCAACCCCAAGGUUCCAUAACGGAAGUGCAGUGGGCAAUUGAGAAUUUUACUUCCUCUUUUAACCGCAUCUCCAUGCGGAGCGACAUUGUCUAGUAUGUUUGAUGUGUUAAAGAUCGAAACGGUUCACAACACUUAAUUAUAAUAGCAACUUGGGCUGAGAAUAUUUCUAGUGUAAGCUCUCUAUCUGUACGCUCCUAUGCUACAUAUUUCAUAGCAUAUUUCUAUAUGAGAUGGGAUGAUGUACAAUGAAAAUGGAUUGCCUAUUUAUAGCAAAUUCAAGUGAAUAUUAGCCUUAGAUUUGUGUCUA